AUGCCUCCCUUCCAAUUUGAAAGUUCCGUGCCCAAAAUUUCAUCACUUCCUUACCGAGCCAACCUGUCAAAGGUUGGGCUGUCCCUCACCGCGGUAGCCAGUUUUCUAAAAAAAUAACCAGACUUUCCGUUGAGGAAAAACACAAAUGUGAUAGCCUUAUCAAAAGAAGGUGUCAACCAUAAUACCUUUACAGCAACCAAUAGCGAAAUAAAACAAUAUUUGAAAGGAUUGACUGGGGGAGCCAAGGGAAACCGAAUGUAUUAUACAUACAGCAAAAGUUUUCGCUCAAUUGAAUUUGUUUUCUUUUCACAGCCUUCUCAAAAAAAGACCUUCAGUCGACCUUUGCGCAAGUUAAAAAAUAUUAUUUUACAGGUAACCAAAACAGACUUCCAAUUUUUAAAAUGGCGUUUCAUCGAAUAUUUUCUUUUCUUCUGAUUGUACUGUUUAACAGUUGCAACUGUCAAAACUGUUUGACUGAACACAUAGUACAGCCUAACGAGGAUUGCCCAAAAAUAUGGGAAGCGUAUGGGUUGACAGAAGAACAGUUUUCGUUAAUAAAUCAUGACGCUAACUGCGAGUCUCUUGAGGUAUGAUUUUGUUUCUGUAAACUUUCUAAAGAGAAAAUUUUUUUGCUUAAAGAACGAAUUACGUUUAAACGGUUUAUUAAUUCCAGCCGGGGACCACGAUUUGCGUAAAAGAAAAACCGCAUUCGUCAACGCCGCCUACAUCAACCACAACACGCGAACCGGAGAAAAAGAACGUACUUGAAUCGAUAAUCAGUGAUGUUUUUGGGGAGGAUCGGAAAGUGCCAGAACCGCACGCACCCCUGCUAUAUCAUCCAUUCCCCGAUUUUGCGGCGGACUGA